AUGUCUGAUCCCAAGCCAAAGAGAAUCGUCGUCGUUGGAGCAGGUGCUUCUGCUCGAAUCGUCAUCAAGCUCCUAAAGAAGACUUCAGGUGACAACGUUGACAUUACCGUCGUUCAGCCCAACACUUUUGCAAGUUUGCCCUUUUACCAAACCUUGGUCUUGACCGAUCGCGAAACAUUGGUUGGAAAUUCUACAUUUGCCGAAAUUGAAGGUGUCAACAAGACUGUCUACGGAACCGCUGUCGGGUGCUCUGAUGGACAAGUUGCCGUCCAACCUCUCGACAAAUCCAAAUCGGUCGAGACUGUCCCCUUUGAUACCUUGGUAUGUGCCACUGGAUUUGCCUUUCCAGUGGUCUGUGAAACUCCAGGACAAUCCCAAGCGGAACGACAAGCCGAAAUUGAUCAAUACGCCAAGGUUCUCACCUCAGGCCAAAAUGUAGUCGUCGGUGGAGGAGGCUCCGUUGGUGUUGAACUCGCAGCUGACAUCUUGGAAAAGCUUCCAGCCGAUAGCCGCAAGGGUAAGGUCACUUUAAUUUGUUCCUCGCCCAAGCUAUUGGCUAGCCAAGCCGACCGAUAUGGCGAAAAAUGCAAGGAAGUCUUGGAAGAACUCGGUGCUGAAAUCAUUUUCAACGAUCGUGUCAGUUCCCAGAAUGAUUCUAUCGUCAGUGAAGGAGCGCCCAUCACCUUGACUCUUAAGAGUGGCAAGACGCUCAGUUGCAAUGCUUAUGUUGCUGCCUAUGCCAGAGGUGCCAACACUUCCUGGCUCACCACAGCCGCCCCAGGUGGCUCUCCCCUCCCAGAAGGUCUCCUCAAUGAAAAGGGGCAAGUCAUUGUCAAUGAGUACAUGCAAAGUGCAGCCUAUGAUAAGUUGUAUGCCAUGGCCGCAACAUCUGAUAGAGCUGAGCCAUCACUGUUUCCCAAUGUCGAGUCCCAAGCCGCAACAGUGACCAAGAACAUUGUCAAGCCUAACAGUACCAAGCAAGCUCCCGGUGUCCCCAAUGCCAUGUACCAAUUGGUUGGACAUGAUACCUUUGGCACAGCCAUGCCCGAAAAUACUCCUCUCCCACCAGUCUGCGCCACCUUGUGUUGCACAUGGUGUGGAUUUCCAUGCAACAUGCUCUGCCCUUGCUUUUGCCUCGGUGUUCUCUUUGGUCCAUGCGACCCCAUGGUCUGUGGCAUGUGCUGUGCUCAUCCCGAAGGAAAGGGUCUUGCCAAUACCUUGAAGGGAACCAAAGAUAUGAAAAUGAUGGCCGCAAAUGCCGGAUACCACGUCAAGGGAAAGCCCGGAUUUGGUGAAGAAAUGGAACGUUCCUAA